CACAUCAUAUUUUAUGUGUUGGGUUUUUAAAAUAAGCCAAAUGGUUUCAUAUAAUCACCAGCGGUAGGGGAAAAGAGGAUUGGGGCAAGAAAAGAAGGGUACUGCAGAGGCAUUAAUGGCAACACCAAAGCAUAUAUGGGAGCAACAACAAUCACUGAUGCAGCAAGUAAACAACAACUCAGGGAUGAUCAACAGCAAUGGAAGCCCGCUAAUGGAUGAAAGGGAGGAGGAAAUGACAAGAUCUGCAUUGGCAUUGUUUCGUGUGAAAGAAGAAGAGAUUGAGAUGAAGAGGAUGGAGGUUAGGGACAAAGUUCAUGCUCAUAUUGGACGUGUGCAAGAAGAAACAAGGCGCUUGGCUGAGAUUCAAGAAGAACUUGAAGCACUUAUAGAUCCAAUGAAGAAGGAGGUCUCCACGGUUCGUAAGAAGAUAGACACGGUUAACCGGGAACUAAGGCCAUUGGGAUUGAGCUGCCAAAAGAAGGAAAGAGAAUAUAAAGAAGCCCUUGAAGCCUUCAAUGAGAAGAAUAAGGAGAAAACUCAAUUGCUGGCAAGUGAAAGCGAGAGAUUGAGGAUGAAGAAGCUGGAGGAGCUGAGCAGAAACAUUGAAAGCCUACGCUGAGAUGUGCUAACUUCAACAAUAAGAUAUGUUUCUGUGUGCUGUAAUUGGAGUUCUCAUUCUCUAAUGUCUGGUCUUCUGUUGUUUUCUCUAGUUUUUCUUUGCUGAGUUAGGAAAGUUGGUUACGAAACAUGCAGCUUCUUUGUAAUCAAUUUAUGGCAUAUGC